UGUGGCCUUUGCAGCUCAACAUGGCUAGGACAGUAGUGGCACUAAACAUACUGGUGUUGCUCGGCCUGUGCUGGUCCCUGGCUGUUGCCAACCCUCUUCCUACUGCCCAUGGGAGAGUUGCCGAAGUUGAAAAUGGGACCAAGCCAGACUCAGAUGUACCCGAACACUGCUCGGAUACCUGGAGUUUUGAUGCUACCACCAUGGAUCACAAUGGGACCAUGCUGUUCUUUAAAGGGGAGUUUGUGUGGAGGGGUCACUCAGGGGCCCGGGAGUUAAUCUCAGAGAGGUGGAAGAAUCCCAUCACCUCAGUGGAUGCUGCAUUCCGUGGUCCUGACAGUGUCUUCCUGAUCAAGGAAGACAAAGUCUGGGUGUACCCUCCUGAAAAGAAGGAAAAUGGGUAUCCAAAGUUGUUCCAAGAAGAGUUUCCUGGAAUCCCAUACCCACCGGACGCAGCUGUGGAAUGCCACCGUGGAGAAUGCCCGAGUGAAGGCGUCCUCUUCUUCCAAGGUAACCGCAAGUGGUUCUGGGACUUUACCACAAGAACCCAAAAGGAACGUUCCUGGCCAGCUGUUGGGAAUUGCACUGCAGCCUUGAGGUGGCUUGAACGCUACUACUGCUUCCAGGGUAACAAGUUCCUGCGAUUCAACCCUGUCACAGGAGAGGUGCCUCCCAGAUACCCUCUGGAUGCCCGUGACUACUUCAUAUCCUGCCCUGGCAGAGGCCAUGCUAGACCCAGAAAUGGAACUGCUCAUGGGAAUAGCACCCAUCCUAUGCAUUUACGUUGUAGCCCAGAUCCUGGCCUGUCUGCACUGCUGUCUGACCAUUACGGUGCCACCUAUGCCUUCACUGGCUCCCACUACUGGCGUCUGGACUCCAGCCGUGAUGGAUGGCAUAGCUGGCCCAUUGCUCAUCACUGGCCUCAGGGUCCUUCAACAGUAGAUGCUGCCUUUUCCUGGGAUGAUAAAGUCUAUCUGAUUCAGGGCACUCAAGUGUAUGUCUAUCUGACGAAGGGAGGCAAUAACCUAGUGAGUGGUUAUCCAAAGCGGCUGGAGAAGGAACUUGGGAGCCCUGCUGGGAUCAGCCUUGAGACCAUAGACGCAGCCUUUUCCUGCCCUGGUUCUUCCAGGCUCUAUGUCACAUCAGGACGGCGGCUUUGGUGGCUGGACCUGAAGUCAGGAGCCCAAGCAACAUGGACAGAGCUUUCCUGGCCCCAUGAGAAAGUUGAUGGGGCCCUGUGUUUGGACAAGUCCCUUGGCCCCCACACAUGUUCUUCCAAUGGUUCCAGCUUGUACCUUAUCCACGGGCCCAAUUUGUACUGCUAUAGCAGUAUAGACAAACUGAAUGCAGCCAAGAGUCUGCCUCAGCCCCAGAAAGUGAACAGCAUCCUUGGCUGCAGUCAAUGAAAAGCCCUGAUGAGAACUAGCCCAGCCCACCUCUCCAUUUUCAUCUUAAUAAAACCAGAUGGUUUCUUCACAUGAA